AUGCCCCCACACAAAAUAUUCCUCAUCCCCGAAAUCCUCGAACAGAUCCUUCUCCGAACGCCCCCCCAAACCCUCCUAACCACCGCCCAACGUACCUCCCAAACCUGGCACAACCUAAUAACAACCUCCCCCAGACUCCAAGAAACCCUCUUCUUCAAACCCCAACUCCAACCCCCGAACCCCAGAACCAAAACAACCAACCGCACCCUAAACCCCCUCCUCCCCCAUAAGAUCUGGCCACACCUCUUCCGCAAACGCCUCGCCUCCCAAACAACAACAACCACAAACCACGGCUACACCCUCCCCCCCGCAGACCCAGUAGAAGAAGAACUCUACCUCCGCCCAAACGCCAGCUGGCGCCGCAUGCUCGUGCAACAGCCCCCAACCUCAUCCAUCAGCGUCUUCGUCAUGCACCGUUCCUGGAUUUCCUGCGACGAGGACAUAUCCCCCGUCCAGGUCUUCACGGCGGAUGUGGAGUUUCUGACGCUGGGACAUCUGCAUUGGUCGGCUUUUGUGGGGUGUUUGUUGCCGUUGGAGAGGGUAGCUUGCUUUUGGGAUUUUGGGGAUUAUCAUCUGGUUAAGGAUGUGGAGUGGAGGAGGGAGAUGGAGUUGGCGGUGGAGAGGUUUGGGGAUGUGUGUGAUUUGGUGGUUUUUUCGGGCGGGAAUUGGGAUCUUUGGGGGGUUUUGAUGGGGGUUACUGGCUGUUGA